AUGUUCAAAAAAUCUGAGUCUGAGAAGCUGCCUCCGUUACCGAAACCUCCUACAGUCGAACAAAUAGUAGAAGACAUGGAGACAUUCAAGGAAGAAGGGCAUGAAGUGGAGAAAUUCAGAGAAAUAAUUGCAGAUUCAAAAAAUCUGGAUAGAGAUUGGUGGCGUGUAUUUCAUACUUUUAUGGAAGACAACAAACAGCUGGAGUUAACAGACGAAACAAUACAACAAUUAAAGUCCUCUUUGAUCGAUGCCAAUACAGAAAUAUUGAACGCUAAAGCGGACAUUCAUGCGAAAAUUGAGGAGCAAAAGCGUAGACUGGCCAAGAUUCGAGAAUGCUGGGAGUGCAACGAGCGGGCAAAGAGCAUAGAAAAAUAG